AUGCCCAAAGACUACCAGGAGGUCUACAGAGGGACAAAAAAUGACAUCAAAGAGAUCCCAAAGAUUGCAAAGCCCUUUAUUUCUGAGAUGAUCUUUGUGCAAACCAGCAUCACGGUUAUAAGGAAAGGUUCCUUCAGGUACAUGCCCAACCUGAUCAAGAUUUUGUUUAUUGGCAACAAGAUCAAGACAGUUGAACCUGGAGCCUUUGAUAGUUUGGAGAAGCUGAGGGACUUGGAGAUUUCUGGUGCCUCAUUAGAAGAACUAGCUGUGGGCACUUUCCAAAACCUUCCAAGCUUGCAGAGGCUGGAGCUGAAAGACAGCCACCUCAGACAUAUCCCCAAAGGGCUGUUUGAUGGGCUAGAGAAUUUGGAAGAGCUCUCCCUGCACAUCAAUGCCAUCCCUUCUCUUCCAGAAGGUGUUUUUGAUUCUCUCAUCAAUUUAACAUUUCUGGACCUGUCUAGAAACAGGAUCACAGCUCUUCCUGGGGAUGUCUUUAGCAAACUCCCCCAUCUGCAAGUCCUCCGAUUGUAUGAGAAUGAGCUGCAGGACCUCCCAGAGGGGCUGCUAGAUGGUCAGCCGGGGCUGGUGGAGCUCAGUCUCCAGAGGAACAUGCUCAGAGCACUGCCACCCACACUCCUGAGGAGCCUGCCUCACCUGGAGAAACUCCUCUUGGACAACAACCUCAUUGGGGCUCUCCCACUCCAGGGAUUUUUUGGUUUAAACAAAUUGAAGUUGCUGACUCUGGAUUCAAACCACAUUACGGAGCUCCCCUGCUGCCUUUUUGACACCAUGCCACACCUGCGGGAGCUGGACCUGGGCAGAAACAGUUUGGCUACACUUCCAGACAGCAUCUUUGUCAACCUCACAUCUCUCAGCAAACUGACCUUGUCCCACAACCAGCUAGCAGCCCUACCAAGAGGAGCCUUCACGGGGCUCAGCAAGCUCUCAGACCUCCAGCUAGACACAAAUCAGCUCUCUGCUCUGGACGAUGAGGUCUUUGCUUCUCUCCCAAAUCUGAAAACCCUCAACCUUCGGAAGAACCAGCUGGAGAGUGUCCCCCAAGGGCUCCUGGAACCCCUGACAAAGCUCAGUUCAGUGUAUCUGGGUGGGAACCCAUGGAGAUGUGACUGCAACCUCUGCUACCUGUACAGCUGGAUUCUGAGCAACACACCGACCACACUGUCAUUGGCAGACUUUCCCAUCAUGGCACUGCCAACCAUGCUGCCGCCUAUGACUACCUCGGCCAUGUUGCCAACCAUGCUAGCGGAGGCUUUUGUCACUGGUCCAUCACCAACCAUGCCAUCUAAGGCCCUCAUCACCACUCCAUCACCAACAGUGCUGCGCAAGACCUCCAUCACCACCCCAUCACCAAUUGUGCUGCCCAAGACCUCCAUUAUCACCCCAACAUCAACCAUGCUGCCCAAGGCUUCCAUCAACACACCAUCAGCAACCAUGCUGCCUGAGGCCUCCACUGCCACCCUAUCAUCAACUGUGCUGCCAAAGGCGUCCAUCACCACACCAUCAUCAACUGUGCUGCCCAAGGCUUCCAUCACCACACCAUCAUCAAUCGUGCUGCCUGAGACCUCCAUCGCCACCCUGUCACCAGCUGUGCUGCCAAAGGCCCCCAUCACCACACUAUCACCAGCUAUGCUGCCCAAGACCUCCACCAAGACACCAACAGUGCCACAGGAGGCCUUCAUCAGCCUGUAUGCAACUCCAGCCAUC